AGUCAGAGGCCUUUCGCGGCGACGCCUCCUUUUCCUCUCGCGCGUCCUGGGUCCUUGUUUGCCAAGUGCCGUUGGGCCAGACCGGUGCGGAAGGUCUGGGGUCGCGGACCCCCGCCAGGUCAGGGCAGCACGGAGGUGCAGGGUGUCACCGCCGCCGAGGGCGCGGGGCCGGGCGCCGCCAGCGGCGCGCUCCGCCCUGGGGCCCCCGCCCCUGCUGCGGGCGCGGCCCUGGCGCCGGCCGCGAUCCCGGCCGCGACGUCGCAGUUCACCCUCCUGGUGAUGCGCCCCUGCGGGGGCCCGGACGAGGCUGCGGCGGAGGGCGUCCUGAGGCAGGCUCCAGCCCUGGGGGGCGGCACCGGGCCGGGCAAGCCUGUUACGUACCUGUGUGAAGUGGCGGGCGAUGGCGAAGAGGAGGCGGGGGACGAUGAAGCAGACCUGUUGGACACUUCCGACCCUCCCGGGGGAGGCGAGAGCGCGGCUAGUUUGGAAGACCUGGAGGACGAGGAGACUCACUCCGGGGGCGAGAGCGGCAGCGGGGGAACGCGGAGACGGGGCAGUGUCGGGGGCUGCAUGAGCAAGACCUGCACCUACGAGGGCUGCAGCGAGACCACGAGCCAGGUGGCCAAGCAGCGCAAGCCGUGGAUGUGCAAGAAGCAUCGCAACAAGAUGUACAAGGACAAGUACAAAAAGAAGAAAAGCGACCAGGCUCAGAAUUGCGGCGGGGCCGCCCCUGCUGGCAGCACUGGAAACGUCAAACUGGAGGAAAGUGCAGAUAACAUACUCUCUAUUGUUAAACAAAGAUCAGGAUCUUUUGGAGAUCGACCAGCAAGACCUACUCUUUUAGAACAAGUAUUAAAUCAAAAAAGAUUGUCAUUAUUAAGAAGUCCAGAAGUGGUGCAGUUUUUACAAAAGCAGCAACAGCUAUUAAAUCAGCAAGUUUUGGAACAGAGACAGCAGCAGUUUCCAGGAACAUCAGUAUAAGGGAAUUUAUCAAAAGGAUCUACAUGCUUUUUAUCUUAUUGUAGUAUAUGAACAUAUUUUUAUACUAAAGAUAAAUGGGGUAAGAUGUGCCGGUAGAACAUAAUCAGUCAUUUUCCUGUACAUGUAUAUGUGCAUUUGGGGAUAAAUAAGUAUUGCACUUUGUGCAUCUACUCCUUUCAGAUCACCAUAAAUUUUAAGAAAUCAGCUUAUCUUUCCAAAAUAGCAUUUAAUUACAAUGUUUUUAAAAAAUGUUCUUCAGUCAUAGUUACUGAAGGUAAUGAAGCAGUUACUUUCUGUGGAAGUCCAGAAGUUAAUAGAUAUUAAUCUUUGAUCAUCUAGUUCAGUGGCUCUGUUCUCAUCAAGGGGGUUUAAAUGUAUAAGUAUGUUUUUGAUUGUCACAAUAACCUUAGAAACUGAUGGCUUUUAAUGAAUGGAGCAGGAAUACAAAAUGUUCUGCAGUAUCUGGAAUGUUCUUACACAACUAAGAGUUGUCCACAGUGCCAGCUAUAGUCCACUGAAGAAACACUGAUAGCUACUUGUGGUUAUAAAAUGUAGCUGGGCAUUGGGUUCUUUUAAAAACCUAGAAUUGGGUUCUUUUAAUAACCUUUUAUUUACAGUUAAGAGGAGCUAUCAAAGAGGUAAGCAUAUUUUAUAUCUGUAAGGAAAGUGAUCAUUGUUAAAUAUAUGUGAAAUUAGGAUGUGCAUCUAACAGAUGUUCUGGUAAAACCUAAGAAAGGGUUGAAGUAUACUAGAAUGAAUGCAUCUCCUAAAAUUGGCUUCUCUGUUUCGCAUUGCCUGUUAGUGUUGAUCACUUUUGAAGUAGACACUCUUGUGUGUUAAAUUUGUAAACUUGUAUCUUAUCCCACCAAUAUGAGGACAAAAUUUUUUUGUGCUCAUUUCUUUUUCAGAGAGAUCCUGAAAAUAAAAAUAACAUUGGAACAUUUUGGUUAUGUUUUCCAAAAUUAAGUUAUUUUAAGACCAAGUUAUUCCUAUGUAAUGUUCAAGGAAUGAUGGGUAAUCUAGAUAGAUUCUUUCACUUGUAUUUCUUCCUAAGAAAACUCUAAAGAGGCAAAAUUACCAAUAAAAGUAACAAAUCAAAUGACAAGAGAGUAUUUCCAGGGUUAGAACAAUGAAUACAUAUGUCUCAAGUUUAACUGUGCAAAAAUUUGUUUAUUGGUUUUUAAGGUUGGAAAUAUAUAAGUAAAACAUUUACAGCUGUUCUAAGUACCUAAGGGGGAAAAAUAAUCUUUUUGUUCAGGUUUUAAUGUCUUAUACCUGCAUAUCUGUGCAAAAGCACUUUUACCAAAAUUAUUCAUUAAAGUUCUGUUGUUGAACUUUGAGUUGUUUUAGUCACUUAUUCUUUUCUUUAGUUGCUUCACACUGAAUGCAGAAAAAUUCAUUGUCAUUUAGUAGUAAUUCAGUGUCAUUUACUUGAAUGGUGGGGAAAAAAUCAGCUUGUUUCUCAAAAUGGAGCAGAAGGAGUAGCAAAGGAAGGAAAGUAAUAAAUCAGUGAGAGAUGAAUGAAAAGAAAAGGAGUUAAUUUUUUUUUUUGAAGAUUUAUACAAGAAUCAGGGUACAGUUCACAUGUGCGGAAGGGUGAGAGGAUUCACCAGAGACAGAGCAGGGAACAGAACAGGUAGACUGACUGAAAGACACUGCUGAGGGGAACAGCAGGCGAGACUAGAGAGGUCUGCCGCAACAUUUGGAUUGCUUCGCAGCUGGUGGAGAUCAAACCGGCACUGCAGAGGCUGUGGAUAGCUUCACAGCACUGCGCUCAACCACUUGCACCACCAGGGAGGCCCAGGAGUUAAUUUUUUAUAUAUAAGCAAAACAAGAUUUUGGGGGAG